UAGAAACUGGGGACACUCAAAUUCUCAGAGCAUGCAUGCAUCGCCGCGUGACACUAAUUACUCUCAGAGGUUUCGUACUUGUAGAAAACCCCCAACUUCUCAGCCACCACUGAACGGUCUCCUGUGCAAUAGGCCCAUAAGCACCAAUAGUCUCCCAAGAUCCAGCUUUAUCUUGCUCAGUGUUGAUAGGAUUGACCCUACGCAUGUUAGGGAUAGAAAUGCCCUCAUCAUAGUAGAAUCCUUAUAACCCCUAGAAAAGUUGUCCACUGCACUGGGCAAAGCAUACUUUUCUGAGGUUCAACCUGAGCCCCAAGCUCUUCAUGUGGGCGAGAACAACAUCUCAAUGUUGAACCGCCAGUUCCCUGGAUCAUGCUAGAAUUAACCAGUCGUCCAGGUAGUUUAGUACAUGGAUGACGUGGAGUGACAAUGGAGACAGAGUGACAUCCAUGCACUUUGUGAAGGUGCGAGGGCAAAAAGCUAGCGAUAUUUCUAUGUGGAAAUAUGCACCUUUUAUUUCUAUUGUCAGAAACCAGUCCUCAAACUGAAUCUGUGGAAAGAUAAGUUUGGGCGUCGGCAUCUUGAACCUGUAUGUCCGAAGAGUACAGUUCAGAUGACGCAGAUCUAAAAUUGGCCGAAUAAUCCUCUAUUUUUUGCGGACCAGGAAAUAACAGCUGUAAAAACUUCCCUCCCUCGAAGAACGGGGUACAUGCUCUAUGGCCCCUUUGUCCAAGAGGGAUCUUACUUCCUGCGCUAUCGUUGGGUUCUGGUCUGUGAUGACUACUGUGGUGAGCACACCUCUGAUCUGGGUGGGUCGAGCUCUAAGCUGGACCCGGUAACCCUUUUCUACGGUAGACAGAACCGCAGAGGCACAUUUGGCAGUAGUUUCCACGCUGCCAGACGGUCUUUUAGUGACGUUAACUAUUCCACAUUCUGUUGGAGGGAAUGCGUCAGAUUUUUGUUGCCCUGUGACAGCUCGCUGACCAGAGAACACUGAAAACUUGGGACAGCCUUGGCUAGGGGAGGCCCUACAGUAGCAUUGGGGGCUAACUGCCCUAACAACCUCAUGUCCCCUGAUACGUCCCUCCAUGGCCCCUCAGGACCACUCUUCUUUUCCUGCUUGGCCUUUAUGAUAAUUUUCAGAUCAGGCCUAGUAGCAGGCCGCGACUGUGGCUGCCCGGUUUCCCUGGCUGUCUGCGGGGGUUGGAGGGCUGCCAUACUCGCCUUCUGUGUCUCCCACUCAUGGAUUUCCGGGUGACCUCGACACAACGGGGAAGGAACUGGCUGAAUGCCGCCAUAUGUUGAGCUCACUCAGCAGGUCUGCUUGGUAGGCCUGCAACAGUGUCAUUGUCUGCAGUGACCCACAAGCAAGACUACUACUACAUAGGCCUUGCCCACCAAUGCCACGGUGGCCUUACACGGUGGCUUGGAUAGCAAAGCCGGCCCCUCUAAUUACCUGCCAUCGAUGGAGAGAGGUAGCUCGCAAGCACCUCCUCCACCUUCAGCAUAGCUAAAUAGCCAUGCCAUUCAUUCCCCACAAUGGCCGAAUAAUCCAACAUCGUGGGGUUAUAAAUACGGCUUAUGCAUGGUUUUCUCCCAGAAGCCUGAUAUUUUGUCAUGCACUUCUGGAAGAAAGGGGAGUUUUCUGCAGUGUGAGGGAUUUACUUUCACUGGGGAGAAAAAGGCUCAUCCAGCCUUAGUAAUCACUUCAAGCAGCUCUUUAUAUACUGGUCUCAGUUUUUAGCACAUCCUUCUGGCUCCUCGGAGUCAGAGAGGAAUUAAUACUAUUAUUAUUUUUGUGUGUGUGUGUGUCCAGACCCCCUAUCAAGAGAUAGAGCAGCGCUCGUCUCCGGCUCCUCUUAUCGAUCCAUAAAAGAUCCUCCGGACCUGAAACGGCUAUCUGCUUCGGCAGCGGCCGGCCCAGAUCCGCGAGGCUCUAAAACCCAGCUUGCUUAUUUAUGGUAGGCCUAUAAAUAGGCAGGACUUUACACAAGCUUCAGAUGUACGUUGCGUGCGAGAGGCGCUCACAUAGUGUUAUGCUAAAGACAACGUUGAUGUUCCCUUUGAAAGGGAACUCCCUUCUUUAACGUCACACUGAAACCGGUCUCAGCAGCAAUCCACGGAGGAGACGAAGAGGACCGCCUUUUGUAUUCAAUGCAUUAGUUCUCUUGUUGUUGAUUGUUUAAGUAAAGACAACAUUAGGGUUUACAGUGUAUAGCCUUUUGUUCAUAAAUAGCCUUCUAUGAAUAGACACAUUGGAAACUUUCUCGCACGCACAUCCCACAAUCCCGGCUGAUGAACUGGCUUUUCACUUGAGGGAAAAAAAUUAUACUUUGGACCAACUUUAAAAGAUUACUCUGAUUUGUUACGCCCAAAUUUAUUAGUUUUUCCAAGAAAAUCUGCUUCAAAGCUUAAAUUGUGAUCUAAUAUUAAUCGAAAAUAUUUAUUUUCCUAAAGACAAACAUUUACACUGACUGUGAGCUCGUGUUUGGCAGAACUGAGAGACUGUCAGCCAAUAAGACUCGAGUAUUUCCACCUAUUUUCCUAUAAAACCUGUCUGGUCUCGUCUCUUUCCACUGAAGAUAUAAAAUAACCGUCUUCUUUCAACUCAGUUACGCAGUGACAAACUGCUCCAAGUGGAUAAUUAUUCAGGGCUACAGCCCCUAAUGCCCCGGCUAGGUUACCCCCGGGUGUGGCACCAUGUUCAUGCAGCUGAAGCGCGCGCUCCUUGAAAGAAGCGCGAUUUCCCGGGGAUCCAUCCCGCCGUGGAGCGCGUGUGGAAGGGCAGUGUUUUGCAGGUUUCUAUGGCGUGUGUUGAUGUUUUUGACCAUCCUGUUUGUGGCGUUGCAGUUACUGAGUGCGUUUCAUCAGUUUUGGAACAACAAACAAACAUCGAGCUUUUUGACCAGUGACAGAAAUGCCACGUGUCAACCCAAGAACCAUGUUUUCUUCCUGAAGACGCACAAGACAGCCAGUAGCACCAUCCUCAACAUCCUGUAUCGCUAUGGCGAUACCCACAACUUGACCUUCGCGCUGCCAGAGAACAUCUACCAGUUCUCCUACCCACACUUCUUCAUGUCGCACUUUGUCAAGGGCAUGAAGUCUCGCCGGGUGACAGAGUUCCACAUUAUGUGCAACCACAUGCGCUUCCAAGGGCCUGAGGUAAGAAAGGUCAUGCCCUUGGACACGUUUUAUUUCUCCAUCCUGCGCAAUCUGGUGUCCAUGAUGGAGUCUCUCUUAACGUACUACAAAUCAAUCUCAGCAUUCCGCAAUUUCAAGACCGUUGAGGACUUUCUGCUCGAUGAAGGCCGUUCUUACAGCGAUACUAUGCCUGGUAACAAUUACGCUCGUAACAACCUGACCUUCGACUUCGGCUUCAACAACUCGGCACCGUCCGGCGAAGCGGAACUGGACGAACGAGCUGAGGCUCUGAUUUCUGCCGUGGAGAGUGAAUUCCACCUCAUCCUGAUCUUGGAGUACUUCGAUGAGUCUAUGGUGUUGCUCAGACACGCCCUCUGCUGGACCCUGGAUGACGUCGUGUCAUUCCGCCUGAACAGCCGAAGCGAGAAAACCCGCAAAUCGCUGAGCGUGGAAAUGACCGAGCAGGUGAAGAAGUGGAGCUCGUUGGAUUGGAGACUCUACCAACACUUUAACGCAAGCUUCUGGAGGCGGAUAGAUACAUCGCUAGGGCGCACUAAGCUCCAAGAGGAAGUGGAGCUUCUCAGAGCCAGAAGGGCAGUACUAGAGAAAACCUGCCUUUCAGAGGGCGGAGCCGUGCAUCCAGCUCACGUACUUGAUUCAUCAUUGAAGCCAUUCCAGUACGGCCAAGCGGUUAUCCAGGGAUAUAACAUUCGCCCGGGAUUGGACAACGACACACACCGUUUUUGUCACAGGCUCAUCAUGCCUGAACUGCAGUACACCAGGGCUUUGUACGUUAAACAGUUCCCUGAUAUCGCUGCUAAAAAGGAUGAAGGAAAAAAGCACCCCACCCCUGGCAAACACAUCAUAAAUGCUAAGAGGAACAGCACCAGUGCGCCUGUCACUGAGAAUCGCAACUCAACUGUACAAGCUAAUAUGCCUAUAUUAGCCAAAGACAAUAUGGAUGUUAAAGAUAAUGCUAACUCAGCUGAAGCAAAGCAACACAAAACCUAAAGACAAAUGAACCUCAACCUGACAUUAAACAGCGAAAUAUGCUAAAUGUGCCUUAGCCUAUGCUGUGGAGAAGAUCUCAAUUUGUUCAAAUCCAGCAGCCAGAAAAACAAUACAAAUGAAUGUCAAAUGGUAUUUACACAAAACCGAUCAACUGUUAGUUCUUUUACUUGUGCUUAUCUUUGCACUUUGCUAGAUCAUCUCGGGUCUUAAAAUCGUGAUUAAUUUGUUAGCUAGGGGGAAUAUUUGUAAAUAUUUCACUGUUUUUCUGAAAACUAAGCACUUCGGGCUAAGUUUCAACUAUUCUUCUUCUUCUUCUUCUUCUUCUUCUUCUUCUUCUUAUUGUUAUUAUUGUUAUUAUUAUGUGAACUGGCCCUAAUUCUGUAAAGAUACUGACUGUAUGUCAUUAAUGUUUUUUCAAAUCCUAAAAGCUGGUAUACAAGUAUAAGAAAUAAGAUUAUUGUUACUGUGAGAUGGUAAAUACGGGUGUAUAUCCUCUGAAUGAGAUGAUUCAGACUAAAUGUCACAAUUUAAAUGCAGAUUUUUUAAGAUUCAGUUUUCUCUGGAAAGAUAAAUGUAAGGUUUAUAAACAUAGCUGAUAUGAAAUUCAAGUUUGUAAACUGGACUAAAAAAAAUUGUGAAAUAGCCUUUGGGGGCGGGGCUGUGGUAAGUGUCACUUAUGUCGAAUUUAUUUACACAUUAAUAAUAAAUCAUUUGUACUCAA